CGCGUCCUUUCCCCGCAGCCAAGCUUCCCCGGCGGCUGCAGGCGCGGGCUGGGCGCUGGUGCCGAUCGGGAGGUGGCCCCUCGGCGCGGCGCGGCGCAGCCUCCCCUCGCCCCCCACCCGCAGCGCCCUCCCCCCGCACCUGACGUCAGCUCCUGGGCUUCUCCUCCGAAGCGCCUGCUUGCAUUCGGGCUCGGAGCUGGGCGCGGGGACAAUGAGCUGCCGCCGGCUCGCGAGGUUCGCCCUGGGCUGCCUGCUGAUCGCCAGCUGCUGUUGGAGAGGGGGAACGGGGAGCAAUGUGGAAGUCUUCACGCCGGAACUCGUGGAAGAGGCGAUCGGGACCGUGGCUGUUAUCCCCUGCGAGGUCAAGCUCCCCGAAGACGGAAAUUACGCUUAUGUCAAUUGGUACACGAUGGACAGAAACACACGAAAGAAGAUCAUAUACAUGAUUCAGGGCAAGCAGCAUCAUGCAGAGCCUGAAUUCCAGGACCGGCUGAGCAUGUCUGCCAACUUCUCCCUCGUCAUCAGCAAGGUGACCCUGAAGGAUGCCAAGGUGUACGUGUGCCAGGUGGGGCUAGGCAGCUUAGGUGUCGGCGAGAAUCGGACUGAGCUGCGUGUCUACAAAAUUCCAGAAUCCCCGGAGAUCCUGGAGAGCGACGGCGGCAUCACGGCGUCGGAUUCCAAGAUGCACACGAUCGGCCGGUGUGUCAGUCGCAACGGGUACCCAACCCCCACCAUCACGUGGUACAAGAAUAAAGAGCCUCUGAGCGCUGACGGAACAGAAAUCGAAAUCCGGCCUGCGGUCACCAUGGAGUCCAGUGGGCUGAUCACGCUGAGCAGCACCCUUUCGGCACGGGUCACCAAAGAGGACCGCCACGCCAACUUCACCUGCCAAGUCAGCCACGAGAAGGGCAAGGCCCUGCCGCAGUCAAAGAGCUUCAAAAUCAACGUCCACUAUCCGUCCGAGAACAUCAGCUUCCAGAUAGAAGCCCAGAGCCCCGUCAAGGAGGGGGACAACGUGACACUGCGCUGCAAAGCCGACGGGAACCCAGAACCCGAAUACACCUUUCACAAAGUGGAGGACAAGGAGGUGGAGCUGCCUUCCACUGUUGGCGGGGGAGAGCUGGUCUUCCACAGCGUGGAGAGGAGCGCCAGUGGGCUUUAUCGGUGCAAGGCCCUGGACCUGCAGAAUUUCAUGGAGCUGACAGCGGACUUAAAUCUUCCUGUGCACUACCUCGACGUUCCCACCAUCAUCCCAGAGCAGCCCAAACAUCUGCGUGAGGGGGACAACUUGCACCUCGCAUGCAGCACGACAAGCUCCGGACCUGUGGAAAUCCACUGGGAAAGGAACGGGAAUGAGAUCACGAAGGGGCACUUCCUGAACUUGACUUCCAUGAGGUUCGAGAUGUCCGGCAACUACAGCUGUGUGGCUCGCAUGCUCCAGGCACCCAGCCUCGUGCGCUCCAAGCAGGUUCUGUUAGCUGUUCAUGCAAAGCCUCUCCUGGCCUCCCCGAAAGAGCUGGUGCUCGUGCAGAAGGGGAAGAUGGCGAAGCUGACCUGCACCGUCCUCUCCGUCCCCAAGCCCAAGAUCACGUGGAGCAUCAGCAAUGGAACGAUCCUUUCCUCCAGGAUCAAUUUCCAGUACAACAGCACGCUCACGGUCCAGGUUACCGAGGAGCUUCUGGACUCGGGAAUCAACUGCUCCGCCGAGAACAGGCUGGGCCGAGUGGAGCAUCAUUUCCGGCUGGAGCAGAUACCAGAGAAGAAAGCUCCGGAUAGCAGUAAAGGGAAUGACACUUCCAGAGAGGCAGAGGAACCUGGGAGCAUCCCAAAGAAAGAGCCGACGAAGCAGGAGAGCCGGGGCAUCAUCAUCGUGGCGGUCAUCGUGUGCAUCCUGGUGCUGUCCAUCCUGGGCGCGGUCCUGUACUUCCUGCACAAGAAGGGGAGGCUCCCCUGCGGGCGCUCCGGCAAGCAGGAGAUCACGAGGCCCGAAGCACAUAAAGACGAGAUUGUAGUUGAAGUUAAGUCAGAUAAGCUUCCUGAAGAGGCGAUGCUGCUGCAGGGGGCCAGCGGUGAGAAGAGAUCAGCGGGUGACCAGGGAGAGAAAUACAUCGAUCUGAGAAACUGAGGACAGAGCAAGAGCGAGCGCUGUACACAUUUACUUUUGAGAUUCCUCCUGUUCCUUCGGAAAGCCUUCUUCCCUUGCUCCCUGGCCAGAGUCUUUCAAACGCACAGCAGUGAAUGCACCAGACCGCAGUGAAGAACACUUUGCAGCUCACCCCGACGGCUUUGAAGGAUGACAAGACUAGCCAAGGCAGUCUAGCGCUCUCUUCUUGCAGGCCAAAAAAGGAAAGACUUUUUGGAACGUUUUGGACCUCUGUGUGAACCAGCCACUGGGUAGGGAAACCCGGGCUUUACACAGUACAUGUAGUGUUUUCUCGGGCCCCAUUUUAGAGAAAAAAUGCACCCAUUGUUUGACUAGCCACUUAAGGGCUUGCCAAGCAGGCCAAGGGAGAGCAAAGCAGCUCUUUUUGUCAUUAAGGCUGAACGGGACUGUAACUCCUAUAUUAGCAGGAUUGGAGCUUAGCUAAACGAGCAUUUGGUUUCCACGAAGACCAAUUCCGGGCUGUAGGAUUGUUGCAACCAGUUUUCCCAGCUCUGUUCCUGCUCUGCACAGAAAAAGUUUUGAGGAAGCACUGCUCAAGGGUCUAGUCCUCAAGGAUGCAAGGGUAGCAGCUUAUGGAAGUCUGAGGAAGUAAGUUCCCCUAAAGAGUAUGGGGCUUACUGCUCAAAGGCAUAGGAUCAUUUUGUGCAGCGAAAAAUUGCGUCUGCACUUCAGAAGUUACAAUAGAAAUAAGGCCUCUUGUACAAAAUGUAUAGUCUUGUGUUUAUACCUAAGGAUUUAGGCAAUUCUCUUCCACCACCAAAAGACUGCUUCCUGUAGUUCCUGUGUAAACCUAAUCUAGCUGAGACAUUCGCAAGUCUCUGGGAAACUUGCCUGUAAUCAGGCAAUUUCUGCAUUUUCCUCUGGAAUUCUUUUGCUUCCAGUAGCUGGAAGAAGGCUAAUGCUGGAACAGCAGCAUCAGGGGAAAAGGGAAGGACCGGGCGCCAGAUAGCCUUCAAAGGGGAGUUGCCAAUGGGUCUCCCAGCCUCAAGUCCAGGGCCUUCUCCAUCACGGUGGCCCAGUGCUUAAAGAUGCUUUUCAUCAUCCUCCACCCCAUUCAUAAAGGGCCAUUACUCCAAAUUGCGUUGCAAGCACCUGCUUACAUAAAGCAUUUUUCUUUCUCAGGGGUUUGGUUUCCCCUUUUCAAAGCAGAGAAUGGCCUUUAACACAGAGAGUGAGCAAAAGGGUUAAGACUUUGCUUUAGGAACACGGGCUCUUUUUACUGGUUAAAAGUACAAACUCGUUAACCAAAAACGGGAGAGAAGGGACUGUUUGUGCUUUACUUGUAAGCUAGAAAAUUAUCAAGACAAAGCUUUUGUUAUAUAUAUUUUUGUUGAUGUGUGUGUAAAUUUAAGAGUGUCUGAGUUGCAGGGUUUUUAUAUAUUAUAUAUAUAUAUGAAAAAUUAAAAGCUAAAAAAGUA